UAAUCUUAAUGGUGCCAAACAUAUUUGGUUGUAAGAAAAAUGUUAAAAAUAUGAUUAAAAAAAUUGAUUACAGUGAAGAAAGUUAAUUUUACAUACAUAGCGAUUAGUUGACUAAAUGAGGAUUAUAUUUAUUCACAUGAAAAAAUAAUAGUGCAACAAAAAGUGAAUAUAAGCAAUCUACUGUGAAUAAGAACUGUGUGUAUAAAUGCUAAGUGAAUACAAAUUCAUUUGUUCACAAUAAAGAUUUCGUCUUUGAAAUAUUGAUAUGCUCGUUAUAUGCUGAUACGAUAAUUAAUCAUGUGAAACGUUAAAUUUGAACUCUUGGGAGGCUAUUGACGUCUUAAAUAAUUUUCAGCACAAGACCAGCACAUUAACGUACACAAGCAAGUGGAAAGCGUUCUGUCUGAUUGUAUUCCUAAUCUAUUGCUGUAAGCGUGGUUCGCUGCAAAAAUGUCGGACGUUCACGUUUAUAAAGAUGGCGACAUCGUUUGGGUGAAGCUGGGCAACAAUUGGUGGCCGGGCGAAGUGACCGAUGUGCAUCGCCAACCUGAUGAUUUGCUAAAUCAACUAAAGAAGAAACCAUAUUGCGUUGUAAAAUUUUUCCAAGAAGAUGCCUACGAAUAUGUGAAGAGUGCGAAACAUAUAUUUCCAUUCCACUGCAGCAAAAAAGAUGAGUUCAUCAAAAAGGGGACUGCAUUAUAUAAUGCAAAAAACAAAUUUAUGGAGAAGUUCCCCUCAGAUGUCCAGAUAGCAGAGCGUUUAACACGCAAAGCUGCAGAAGGAGAUUUACUGAUUAUCAACGAUCGUCCAGACAGUAUUGUGAAGGCCAUAUUGGGACCAACAUUCACGCGACGUAGUAACGAUUACUAUGAUAAUGAAUACAACAGUACUUCUACAACUGAAUAUAACAAUAAGCGCAGAAGUGGGGAUUCUGUGACGAAAAUUCUCAACAUAACACCAAAACGUGAAAUAACAAACCCAACAACAACUAACCGAAAUGUAGAUAUAAAACAACUGGUCUCACCGCUGCCAACACCGAUGUAUGUUGCAAAUAAAACUGGGAACGCAAACAGCGCAGAUACGAACUUUUAUCGGUGUAAUUUAUGCGAAUUCUCAAGCCAACGUCAAAAUGUUAUGAUACUGCAUCGACGCACACAUAGUGGUAGUAGUGGUAGCUCCCUGACAUCAGCCUUCACACCUUCAACGUCAAGUGCGCGCAAAAUAGUUUCAGCGACCGUAACGUCAGCAGAAGAUUCUAAAGAGUCAAUUAAAGUCCUCCAUGGCACACCACCAACACCAGCAACAUCAACGAAAUCCUCACCAACGGCUGUGAGUGAUGAUGAUGAACGCAAAUAUCCUGCAGCAUUUGACACCAGUCAGGUACAAAUAGCUAAGUUAACACAUAACACGAAAACACCGGCGAAUAGACGCAGCGUUGGCGGCAGCAGAAACAGACAACAACUUUCGGCCAGUGGUGAACGAGUAAGCCGUUCACGUUCGUUGCGCAUUGAUGCUGAUGUCAAAGAGAUUACUCUGCCAGAUGGCAUGCCGAUUACGUCGGCAAAAGGAGAUCUUAAAUUGAGUAUAGAUGACGAUACUACCGAUAACUCAUCAUCGCAUACCGCUGAGGAACUGCUGAGAUCAUGUAGUCCUCGAAAGCAUAAUGUGGGUUUAGGUGAAACAGACAACGGUGCUGCGGUAAUAAAAAGCUCAGCCGAAGAAAUACGUCAACGUCUCUUGGCUGAUUGGAGUGACGGUGAAAAAGACGAUGAAAUGGAUGAUGGCUUUCAAACGCAUAACAACCAGUACGCAUGCUCCAUCACUGAACCGAAAAGCGAUAUUAAUAACUUAAUCAAAACGCCGGGAACAGAUAUAAAAAACGAAGAGUUGGUAUCUAACACUGCGACCCCAAUAAGUGCAGGCAUAAAUAGUGGUUCAUCUCAACGCAUCAGAAACAUACCGAAGAAGGAUCGCCGUGAUGCGGUACUGAAAGAUUUCAACAACGAAUAUACUGUAGAGUUGCCUACUGUUGUAGACGCAGUAGUGGAGAAUAUCAACUACAACAGUAGCAAUAGCUCCGACUCAGUGGUUGUGGUCGCGGUGGUACCUCCGAAUAGUGGUGAAACCAUUAUACUCGAUGACAAUACAGGCACAGAUGGUGAGACCGAGCCUAAUACAGACAAAGGGACAUUGCCUAGCAAUGAAAUGCCGCCUACUGCUUCACCUUUCAAAGCCUUACAAACACAGCAGCUUGGUGUUGGAGAUGAGUUGCAGGAGGAAUGCUUAGUUACAAAGAGCACUAAUGUUCCAGAUUGUGAACAAGAGUUAACAAGUGAGAAAGAUGCUAUUUCUUUACCCACUGAUCCGACACUGAAAACGGGUGAGCAUAUGCAAGAAGCAUUACAGUCCGAGCAACCACAAAGCGAAGAAAACGAAGAUAUUACUGUUGAGAAUACGGCCACCGAGGUAGGCCCGCUUGGCGAACCAUCAAGUGCAGACAACAAAAAGUUGACAAAAGCAGAAAACGAAGAUGGUCAACCGGACGAGUGCGCGCAGAAACCUAGACAAAAAAGUCGUGGAAGAAGGCAGAAAUCUAAUAAAAGACAACGAAAUAAUACGAAGGAAAUGGCGAAGCAAAGUUUAGAAACCACAUCGAAGGUGGAAGAAACACCAACGCUCGUGGAAGGAGUACAAGAAGCAGAUGAACCCACAUCGCUACCACGCUUAAGAGAAGAGGAAAUACCACAGACAAGCAUGACAGCAAAACGACAGGUACGUGCCGAUUGCUUUGACUUCCAAGAGGAAGAAGAGGAAGAAUGUAACGAUGCUUUAAAGUCAAUAGCCGAUUUCAAAAAGAAAUAUCUCUCUCCCGAUAAAUCGCAGGACAAAACUCUAGCCGAUAAUUUUCCACCACACGAGAGCAGGCGUCGACUUUCCACUGAGCAAAAGGAUCAACAGUUGGCAAACGACAUUGAGAAGCUGCUCGAACAAACCACGGCGCCUAGUAUUGUUGAAACAAUGCCAGCUGGUAUAGUUGUGCGUACACAUUCGUACGGCGGCAGUAGCAAGGAAGAAUUGCCAGUUAAGGGUUUGCCCAUUAAAGAACGUGGUAAGCGUAUAUUCAAGUCGCGAAAUCGUUCAAGAAUUGAAGAGUCUUGCACAUUAGCAGCAGCAAUACCGGCAGACAUCGUGCAACCAGCAGAACAAACAACGAAUAUGGAUGGAGCGCAAGUAGAGGAAAACAAUACAGCUGCAUUAUCUUUUGAAAACCAACCAGAGCAGUCGAAACAGCUCGUAGCAGGAAGCGAAUUUGAUACUAGAAUUGAGCAACAUAAUCAAUUCGACUGCAUAGAUGAUGCGGAUAUGGCUGAUGAUGUAAGCGCACAACUGCUCACGGCAAUUGCGGCACCAAAUGAAACAGGGAGAGUUAUCAGUUUAAGCGAGAUGGAAGAAGUAGAUCAAGAUAAAGAGAAUGCCGGAACUGAGGAUACCGUGCGCACCGAUUAUACCGAGGAAACAAUUCUGAAAGCAAAAAAUAUCAAUAACGGUUCUUUGGGCCAUCAAACGACAGUGGAGAUAUUGUGCAAUGCAACUGUGGAGGUAAAGAAAUGCGAGAACGAGGAAGUUAAUGGCGACCUUUCUAGUGCUGCCGAGCCACAUGUCGAGAGUGUAGAUCACUUGCAAAUAUCAAACCGUAAUACUGAACCUACUGGACUAAGCGCUGAAAAUGAACUUGACUCUUCAAUGUCAGUAAUGCCAAAAAGCGGUGAAAAAGAUGAAAAUCAUUCGUUACAUAAGCAUUUUGAGGACGUGACAGAAUCAAACUACGAAAGUCUCAGUGAUAAAUCUAAAAAUCUUGAAGAAUCUGAGAACUUGGAAGACAAUUGCAACUUAGCUUCAGAAGUGCAAAGAGACGAGGCUGAUGGUGAAGUAAUAUCAGAAGCAGAUCUUAAAGAGGAAAUUUUUGCCAAUACUUCUGUCGAAAUUAAUAUCAACGCCUCAAAGGAAGACAUUAACAACGAUGUAAGUAAACUUGAAUCCUCAACGCCUUCAACCGUUGUAAUUCAACAAAAAGAUAGUUCAAUGGGCAAUCAAAUAUCUGUUACCGAGUCUCCAACUGAAGUAGUACUAGCGGAGCAAAAUAACAGCGGCCACAUAAUGGAGGAGGAUCAACACAGAAGCAUUCUAAUAAACGAAGAAGUGCCGCAAAGUCGUCUCACAUCACCAACUGACGACAACAGUUCGGUUUGUAUCUCAGAAGCUGGUGCCGAGUUUGGUUCACCAACCUCAAUGCUGGACGAUGAACGUUUACCUACGUUGACUGGUAGGCUUAUGACGCCAACCGACGGAAUAGUGGAGACAGUGCCUGCGCGAGCCACAGAAGCGAAAAUUAUUAAUGAGCAACAGACGCAAGUUACUGGAGAGUGCGAGAAAUUAGAUGGAAUACUAAUUAACGAAAAGGAAGUGGUUACCGAAACUGCGGUUGGUGCAACAGCUGGCGAAAUUCAAGCACAUAACGAAGAGGAAGUAGAUGUGCUACAAAGUGAAACUGUUUCUAGAGUUAUUGCUGAAAAUGCAGAAAGCGCAACAACAACACCAGGAGUUGUAGUCGAAGAGGCACUUGCAGCAAACGACCCACUCGUAGAAGGGUUGAAGGAAAAGGGAGAUGCACAUGAAAGUGCUCAACACAUUGUAUGUGACUUUAAUGGCGGUAAAGUUGUUCACACUACCAAGAGUGAGAGUAAUACAGAAAGCUCUGCUGAGAGUAACGAAGAUGUUGUACUUGAAAUGUCUGCUGAAUUAGAGGCAGGCGAACUGCGAAAUGUGGUGCAAACGACUAAUGAUAAGCACACCCUCCCAAGUGAGACCACAGCUGAGCAAGAGAGAGAUAAUAUUGAAGGCUUCAGCACGCAACAACACAACACACACGUAGCAGCUGAACAACAACCGGUUAAAAAUAAUAGCUUAAAACAAGAUUUGAUAGAGGAAUUGAUAUCUAAGGAAGUAUUAGCAGCACAAGUGCAUAUUGAACGGUCGCAAGCCGAAGACUCCGACAUUGACGAUGACUUUAUCGAGAGUCCACCACAUGAACCGCUUUCUGGACAUGAGGGUGAGGCAGAACCGUUACAAACAAAAAAUAAAAUGUUAACUAAAUCUCAAAAGCGCCAUUCGUUGGGGGAACAACACAAUUCUACUGGCAACUCAUCCGCAGUCAUUUUAGAAAAUACCAAAGAAACGAUUAGUAGAAAGCGGCUAUCUCGAACAACUAGAGUACACGAAAAAUCUCAUAAUUUCAUGAAAGAGCUCGAUCUUAUCGAUUUACAUGAUGCAACAAAGAAGGGUGAAGAUAACGAAAGGACAUCCGCAAAGGAACAACAAAUGUCGUCACGUCAGAACAAACGAAAAUCAACGAGAUCAUCGAAAUUGGUCGAAACAGUGAACGAAGCAAACAAAAAAUGCGAAACGGAUGAAUUAGUUACUGCUUGCGCCCAGGUAGUAACCGAUGAUGCAAACACUGAAGAAGAAAUAGCAUUUUGUCAGACACUAAACGAACAUGCGUCAGCUGAAAAGCAACACAAAGGCGAGCAGUAUUGUGAAGCAAGUGGCGAAGAUACAAACUCACCUGCCUUAAAAUCUAAUUCUUCUCGCAAGCGACGUGGCAUAACAAAAUCAGCUCUUCGUCGUGACGUAGGAGCAGCUCAUAUUUUCACUAACCCAAAUGCAAACCGCGACUCAGUUGAUGAAGACACACCGAUACAACACACCAAAAGCAGAAGAGUAGAUAGUCCAGAUAAUGAUAGCGGUAGCUUUGAAAUUAUUCAAACAACUGAAGAUAUGAAAGACACUUCAGUCGAAGUAGCUAACUAUGAGAAUAUAUCUGAAGUGGUGGAGCAGGUGGAAGUAGUCGAAGAUGGUGAAGGCAAUGAUAACAAUGAAGCGACUAGUUCUUUGGUUUUGGAAGAUGAUCAAUGCAUAAUUGAAGAGGUGUAUUUAAACGAUGCAAUGUCUAUGCAGCAAAUAGCUUUACAAACGGCCCCACUAAAUAAUGCUACACUCGAGGAGGCCGGCACAGAAUCAACACACUCUGAUUUAAAUUCAUUUCGUACAAUGGAGGUACCAAAUGCUGUGGAGUUUGUAGACUACAUCUCAAUUGAUCAACAACAACCAAUAGAAGAGGUGAUAGUCGGUGCAAAUAAUAACGUGGAGGCGAUGGUUGAUAAUGAUACACCAAACAACUUCAACAAUAGUUCAAAUGUAGUGAAUACAAGUUCGAAUAAACAGCGAACAUUGUCCUCUACACUCACUUCUCAGCCAAACGCGGAAAACGUGAAUAUCAACGUUUCCCCCAUGGAAAAGGUACGCAUUGAUGUGGACGUCGCCAAUCCACUUUCCACACAAAUAGCCAAUAUUUUAGCAACAAAAUCUGGCGCAUCAUCUAAUGUUAAACAAAGAAAGUCUAACCUGGAAGAUUCUAUACCCUCCUACAUAAUUGAAAGACCUAGCCAAGGCGUUGGCGCACACCAACAACAUAGUACGUCUUCUACGCUGGAUUUUACGGGCGAACAAGAUGCCGUUGCGCAUGUGCAACAAAUGUGCCCCCAAGUGAAAAUCACACGCAAGGAGAAGUUUAUUGAAGUGCGGCAAACUAGUGCAGUACAACAAGAAUCUGUUGUUGCGACCACAGCAGGAGCGGUAUUCGAUAUCAAUAAUAUGCCAAUUGUUCUCGGCAAUGAGCACUUUAUGUCCGCACAGGGUGACAUGCAAAUUGUGUUGACGACAUCCACAGAGCCGGAGGGACAAAUGUUGCAAGAUGGUCCUCACAUUUUACAACAACAAAUCAUACAACCUGCUUACAGGUCGGGACAGCAUCGAAAACGUAAGAGUUCCACAAAUCAGCACCAACAACAGCUGCAGCAGCAUCAACAAAGCAACAGCGCAGGUAGCAAUAAACCUGGAAUAAUUAUAAUCAAGGCAAGUACAAGUGAAUUUCCGACAUCGUCCACAGACACAACAACCACUUACAAUUUGGGCUCGGGUGUGACACUGCGUCCUAUAGCUGAACCAAAGCAGAAGCGUCAACAACAUCAACAACAAGUGAAACAGCAGCAACAACAACAACAACUGAAGCAGCAGCAGCAGCAACAGCACCAGCAAUUGACAGGUCGCAAACAUGUUGGCAAAACGAUAACAUUGCCUAGUAGUAUAACUGUAAAACAACGUCAGCAAAUAGUGACUGAUGAUGCACCAAAUCCCGCUGAAUUAGCGUCAACACCAUCAAAUGUGGUCGCCAGUGAUCAGCAGCUGCUACAACCACCAUUAAAUACAACAAGCGGCAACCGAACGCAAAAACGUAAUCUUCCAACGACGAAUUCACGUCGCCAAUCACAAUCACAGUCGCAGCCAGUUCAAAAACGGCGUUUAACUGCCACUGCCAGCAAUGCAGUUGAGCUGCAGCAGCAUGAGCAACAAUAUGAGAUUGGCGACGAUGCUGCAAUACUGAAUCGGCGGCUCAGCUAUCAUGAUGGAAAUGCUCAGCCACCAGCUAAAGUUCAUCGCUUGACCGCGCCAGAGCCAACGGCAUUCGAUAGCAGUCUCAAUGAGCCAACGUUUGUGACGGCAGCGGAGCAGCAACUAUUACAACUACAAGAGCAACAUCAUCUAGUACAAUCGCCAACAACGACGCAGCCACCUCCCCUACACCCGCUUAACAAUCGCAAGCAGCGUCGUUUGUCGCAGCACAAUCGAAGAAUGAGUACGAAAGUCGAGGCUCCACCACCACCGCUGAGGGUUGACGAACAACAGGAGCAGCAGGAAGAACAAUUGGAGCAUACGCAAAUGGUGUUGUUGGAUCCACAAGAGUGCUUAGAGCUGCAUCAAGAGCAGCUACAUGCAACUGCAAUGCGAAUAGCGGAUUUCGUGUCAUCGCCUUCAGUACACCUGCUCCCAGCGGACGAAGAGAGUGAUAACGACGAACCUGUUGUCUAUACCGAAGAAAUUCUAUCUGCCCCAAUUGAAGAGGAUGAACACACUCCAUCGGUAAUGGCGGUGCCAUCACAAGCAGUACCCGGUUAUCCGGAAACUUUGCUACUAUGUCGGAGAGUAGGCGAUGAAUGGGUACCGAUUGUAGCUCAGCCUUAUUACUACACCGUAUGCGACCAGCAAUUGAGACCCAUACCCAAGGAAGUGCUUAUUGGUCAUCCCAUACUGACACCAGAUGCAGACAAAACAGUGGAGCUGACGCCAGCGCCACAAGUCGUAAUAGAGGAUACGGUCCAUAUACAAAUCGGUACAGAGCAAUUAAGUAUGGGUUAUCCACAGUUUUUUGAGGUAAUGCGUUGUACUGAAAGUGCACUCGAUUUGCAAGACGAAUCCGGCAAUGUAAUUCAUCUUACCCGAGAAAUGAUGGAUUCAAUCCAACAAGAUGAAGGUUUUCAAGAAAAAUUCCGACAACUGCAACAGAUUUGGGAAGAACAACAAUUAGCGGAGCAACAGCAAUUAGAAGAGCAACAACAAUUGGAACAACAGUUGUUAUUACAACAAAUGCAAUCAGAUGAGGAACUAGAUCCCAAUGACAUGACAAUGCUACGAAUAGACACUUCACAAGGGAUUCAAAUUUUAGAAUCUCCCGACUCCAAUUACAUAAUUCAACAGUCCAUAACACAGCCACCACUUUCGCCUCCAUGCACACGACCGGCACUUACAAAUGCUACAAAUGCGCUACUCAACCAAACGCCCAUCAUGUCACCACUGGAAAAACCAUCAACCGCCGUUCCUGCUGCACUCUUGGCGGAAAAUUCUGGCCAACAAAUCGACAUAACGUCAACAACAACAACGCCCGAACAACUGAUCGCAGCUGGAUAUAUAGCAGGCGAUACAUCAAGUGAUACGUCAGGUUAUCGCCCAACUCUGGGGGAUAGCCUAGCCGCAUUAGGUGUUGUACCAACUCAACCUACACUGCUACCCACCACAGUAACCAAUCCGGCCAUUGCGCCACCAAAGUCUGAUUUAAUACCGAAUAUGGCAACCGCUGCACAAAUGCACGCGCAAUACCGUCAUGCACAACGUGCAAUAUACAACGACCCCGGAAGUUAAUAUUGCCCUAAUUCUCUUUAUGUAGAAAAUCCGCCCAAUAGCUUUGUAGAGGAUUUGCGUAGGGCGGAGAAUGGUGCGGCUGAUAUUGGCGCUGAUGCAAGUGUUGGAGAACCUGUUGGUCCUAGUGUGGAGCUGGGUGUGGAUGAGAUAAAUGAUAUGGAGAUGGAGGAUAUAAAUAUGGAUGCAAAUGUGGUAGGUUUUAAUGAACAUUAUUUUUACAAUUAGACAGUGUACCAAAACACACACCAACCACAUUUCUCUGAAAGUAUUUUCUCCAACUUUAAACUAAUAAACUUAUAAAUGUACAUAAAUAAUAUAAAAUACAAUAAUACAUAUUUACAAACGUGUGAGAUUUAAAUUUAUUAUUUAGUUCUAGUCUAUGACUGUAUGUACGUGAAUAUACAUAUAUAUUAAAGCAACAAAAAAGGAAGUACCUUUAUAAGUGGUACUUAUUUGUGAGUUUAGCUUCUGUCUUAUAUUAUAUAUUAGCAAAAUAAUGAUAUUCCAUAAAGUUAGUUGAGAGGAGAAGAAUGAAAAUGUGAAAUGCGACCAAUUGCUAUCGUUCGUCGAAGGCUGUCUUGUAUUUUAGUUUUGUCUUCCCAUUACCGGUUUUAUCCCAUAAAGUUAAAAGUUGAACGUGGGUUAUUAUGGCUUUUCAGUGCAAAAUUUCAAUCGCCUGUUUAACCAGUUCCAUCGCUUUUGCAAUUGCACAGUCGGUAACUUUUUUGGUUCAUGCUCAGAACCAAAAGUUAAGUUAAGUCAAUCUCCAUUCGUUCCCUAGCUAGGUCAUCACUUUCUUCACUAACAGUAUACCAACGGAACAUUGUUUUUAAGUAAGCACUCUGGCCAGAUAUUUCCUCAACUUCCACUCUUACAAGUCACUUUAAUUUCUUUCCAUGCGAAAUCAAUAUUAUCAAAAGCCUUCUCGAUAUUGGGACCCUAUAGUUCGACUACCUCGGUUCACAACUAACAAUUCAACUAGCUCUAAUGAGAGAGAGUACUGGACAUAAGCCUUAAUAAACAUCCAUUCGCUUUCCUAAUGAAUUCAAUGAAUGACUGGUGCAAAGUGGUUGAUUAUUUCCUUAUUGCCGCUGAGUUAGCGAUAUCGUUAUUUAUUAAAGUAAAUACACUUGUAUAUUUAUAUUUAUUAUUAAAUUAAUUAUAAGCUAAAAACUAACAAGCUCACAGUGUUUAAGGAAAUUAAAUUAUUCAUUUUUAUAAAAAGAAAAACCGUGAGCCGCCUUGUCAUCAACUUACAAACUAAAUAGUAAUGUGCCAGACACCAAAAACUAAAAGAUUAUUCCGAAAAUAAAUUUUUUCUUACUUAA